GAAAAACCGGAAACAUAACUUGUCCCGGACGUUUAUGGCGAACUUAUCUGUUCACUAGUUAACUCUCACCACCCUCACGGAUUAUAGACAAACAUGUCACAAGAAAGUAGAGACUAGCCCUAAACAGCAUAGGGCAUGAAAUAUGAUAAUCGAAACUAUAAAUGAAACCUACUGAACCGAAAGCACAUUUCACCGAGCUGACAGAAAACGACUCCUCACUGACGACAGCUGCAGAUCUUUGCUGGACUUGAACAAUCAGCCACAUUUCUGGAUCAGGAUGUCAGUGCAGUUUUCUGGCUGGGAGGUGGUGGAUGAUGGUGCUUGUUUUCCUGGUGUGGAGCUCGGGGCGUCCCAGACACCCCAAAAGCGGGGCGUCUACAAAAUGUACCAUGGGACCAGCGUUGCCAGCGCACGGCUCAUCAUUACCAAUGGCUUUAAACAGUCAUCAGGUGGCAUGCUGGGAAAGGGUGUGUAUGUCAGUCGUGAUAAGAAAAAGGCGUAUCAUUAUCCUCCAAAGAGUCCGAUUAAGGACCGCGUGGUCCUUGAGCUACUUGUGCGUGUCGGCCGUGUCAAGCGUAUUGACAAGGACGGCCAUCUUAUGCAGUACACCUGGAGCGCACAUGGCUACAACACUGCCUGGGUUCCCCCCAAUUGUGGCAUGAAAGCUGUGCCCAGCGGCCUAGAGGAGGACUGUGUGUUUGACCCCAAAAGAGUGAAGGUGGUGGCCAUUGCAAAGGCACCAGACAACACCAUACUGACAGAGCUUCAACAGCUCCUGUCCUCAUCCAAAAGACCCAGAGGAGGAGGUAAUGGUGCUGCAGAUGUGUGUUCACUGUGUAAGAGAAAGACCCAGCAGGGUUCUCAACACAUCAAGCAACAGUGCUGGGAGUGUGGGAAAAACAUCUGCAUUCUCAUGUCUAAGCACUUCUGUCCUGUAAAACCCUGACACGAGUGAGGGAAGAAGAUCCAUGGUUUUGUAUGUGCUGGAGGUGGGGUGGAGGGUAAAUUAAGUUGAUAUAGAUUACAAGAAUUCUGCAUCUUUCAUAAAGCAAUAUCUGUAAUUGAUGCAACCUGUAUUUAGUACUCUACAAAAUGUUAUUCAUGAAUUGACACAAGCUUAUAGUAAAUUAUUAAAUGUACUGUAAUGUUUAUGUCCUCUUUAUACUGCAAUAUCUUUAUAUUAUUCUCUGCUCAGCAUGCGUCAAAAAUCUACUGUUUAAAUAAAGGAAUGGACAGGGUGUGUUCUGGCCUUGGGUGUUUGGUGAUUGGCCGAAUCAGAGUGUCCAUCCAAUUAGGCGCUCUGUGAUUGGCUUCCUGCUUUCCACAGAGCAAAUUCCAUAUAUGGUUAUCCUUAAGGCCUCUUACCCCUGUCCCAUAUUACAGCCUUGCCCUCUUGAAAAUUCAGUAGAAAGUUACACAACAUUUUGUCAUAAAAUGAAACAAUCAUGAAAUUGAACAAAGCUAAUCAAAUAAAAUACACAUGUAAAGUAUA